CUAUUAAAACAAAUUCAAGGUUACACUACACAGCCAUUUCCACUCUCCCCUGUAGACUCUCCAUUGAUUAAGUACAGGAGGUAAGAUGACCUGUGUGUCUAAUUUUAAGAAAACCUGGAGACUGUACACUUCUAUUAAGAGAUCUUUCUCUUUUAGGUUAAAAUUGGGCAAGGAUCCAACACCUUUUGACAGGUGUUUGAGAGCACCACUAGUACACAGUUCUGACAGUGUUUCAUGACAAUGGAUGGCGACAGUUCCACAACCGACGCUUCUCAACUAGGGAUUUCCGCAGACUACAUUGGAGGAAGUCAUUAUGUUAUCCAGCCUCAUGAUGAUACUGAGGACAGCAUGAAUGAUCAUGAAGAUACAAAUGGUUCAAAAGAAAGUUUCAGAGAACAAGAUAUUUAUCUUCCCAUUGCAAAUGUGGCUAGGAUAAUGAAAAAUGCCAUACCUCAAACAGGAAAGAUUGCAAAAGAUGCCAAAGAAUGUGUUCAGGAGUGUGUGAGUGAGUUCAUAAGCUUCAUUACGUCUGAAGCAAGUGAACGGUGUCAUCAGGAGAAGCGGAAGACCAUCAACGGAGAGGACAUUCUCUUCGCCAUGUCCACUCUAGGCUUCGACAGCUACGUGGAGCCUCUGAAAUUGUACCUUCAGAAGUUCAGAGAGGCCAUGAAAGGAGAGAAGGGCAUUGGUGGAGCGGUCUCGGCUACAGAUGGGCUAAGCGAGGAGCUCACAGAAGAAGCAUUCACUAACCAGUUACCGGCUGGCUUAAUAACUGCAGAUGGUCAACAACAAAAUGUUAUGGUUUACACGACGUCCUAUCAACAGAUUUCUGGUGUCCAGCAAAUUCAGUUUUCGUGAUCUGAAGAAAUGAUGGAACCGGGCUCUGGAGAGAUUCCAACCAAGUCUGGAACAGGCAUUGGGAGGAAGUGAGGGCGAAGACUCCUCUGUGUAAAAUAAGUAGCUGUAAUGUAGCUUCCUGACGCUUGACUAAUUGAGGUGUUAAUUCUGACUUGAGAAUCUUUUUCAUGAAUGAUUUUAAAGAAAAAAUUGGAUUUUAAAGGUAUUAAAAUAUUUUUGUUUUGUACGAGAGUUUGUUGCUCUGUAUGACGCCUGUAUGCAUUGUAUAUUGCAAUUUAUUACUGUCAGAGAUUUGUAGACAGUUUCUUAUUUUCAUAUUGAAUCAUGUUAUUUUGUAAUUCAAGUAAGCAGCUGGGUUAAUUCAUGAUGUUUGCCCUUUUAAUAAAAUGUAAGGGUAGAGUUCAUUUUGAAUGAGAGUUGCCUUUAUUAUAAAUUUGUCUUGGCUAUAUUCUAUCUUGCAUGAUAAGCUAGCUAGAUUUUUAGCAUUUAUUCUAUUUAUUGAAAUUAAUUUUUUGGUAAAACAGUCAUAGCUUAGGCAGUGUCAUUUUUUUAAAUGUAAUUGAAUAAUUAAGUUGGAUGCAGAAGCAAGUAUUGUCUGGCCUAUAAACUUGGUGCCCGUCACUGUCCGUUCCUGUUCAGGUAGCUUUAGUUACUAUUAUGUGUGUUAGAAUUCAUUUCCCCCGGUGUAGUCCUAGCAUCCUUGAAGUGGUCCUAUUCUUAAAGUACUAUAGUAUCCUUGUCAAGGAGAGGGAUUGUGUAAUCCACUGAUAAUGUCAUACUACCUUUUUCACUGAGGGGUCAGAUUUUCUGUUAAGCUGUGGGAACUAAAACAGUGGGUGUAAUUCUGCAGACGUUUUAAAUCAACCAGUGAACAACCAGGGGAGCAGUGAGCGCUGGGAUGAUGGAUGAUGGGACACGGGAGCCUUUGGUUUGCUGUCAUGCUAUCUGCAAUAAACUAACAAUAGAUGUUGUAGCUUUGUACAGUAUAGUAGUGUGUGUUCGGGUUCCUUUUUUAAACUAAAGAUUUCUAUUUUUCUCAUCUAUUCUUUUUGGUAAUAAUUACUUUGAAUUUUUGUGUAUGUGGUGGUGGUAGUUUAGCUCUAUCCAAAAAUGGCUUAUUGUACAGUUUGUCCAGAAGGGAAUUUGUGGGGCUCCAAGGGACGAAGGGGAGCAGUUUCCUAAUUACAAGCUGAAUGGUAAUGGCCACUCUGCCAGGAGUCUUGGGGUAUGUUCUCUGGCUAUUCAGAGGUUAAGUAGCUCCCUCCUGUCCUACCCCUUUUCAAUAAUAAUCUUUAUGUAGAAAAUGCACACAGGAAAGAAAGGGAGAGGAUGGUUAAGCAAAAUCAACAGCCACCUACUGUGUUGAAAUAACCAAUGUUAAUAUUUUGAUAAAUUCAUUUGUCCUUUUACUUUGCUAAAUAUGUAUAUUUUUAUAAAAAUGGGCUCAUGUUGUGCACACGGUUUUGUAAGCGGCUUUUUCACUUAACAAUAUAUUGUGAACAUCUC